AUGGCAAUAAGAAAUUCUCAUUAUUUUAAAUUGUAAAGCAAUAAUCUUAAUUAUCCAAAUCAAUUUACACUUUAAUUGGAUAAUAAAAAUACUCGACUAAGGCAAAUACAACAGGAUGUAUGGGACUCAGAAUAUCGUGAGAACUUGUAGAAUCAAUAACAAUAAAUAAAAUUGAGAUCCAUCUCUACGAAUGAAGGAGAGCAGAUUACAAAAGUUAAGUCACCCCAGCUUCCAUAAGUUCUAUUAAAUUAUUAUCACAAUUUGUAAUUGAAGUAGGAAUGCGAGAAUGAACAAAUUCAAAGUUCUAGUUCUAAGCGGAAUACAGAAGGCAGUGAUCAAAUGACAUAGAAACAUGAUUAAAAUUGUCAAUUCUAUUAGAGGAAUUAACCGAAAAGCCUGUCAGAUUAGAUAGAUAUAGUAUUAAGAUAGCAAAGAUAACAAUAUAAAUAAAUCGAGAAAUAAAACUAAUAUUAUUAGGAUAUUCUAAAGAAACAGCAAUUAGAGUUGAGUUGUGAUGAAUUUAGAAUGCCUGAUAUACCUUCAAUCCAUACUUAAUAACAGAUUGAAAGAUAAAGACCGGCUUCAAAUUAUUUAUCAACAAAAAAUACUUCACUUAAUUGCACUAAAUCCUACUUUAUGUAAACUUAUAACCCCAUAUGUUACUAUUGCAAAUCAGAAAUCUAGGAUCAACCAAUCAAGUUUAUAUGUUGUCAUUCAUAUCAUCAAGAAUGCCUUUCAGAAAUGGUACUCUAUCAGAUUGAACAGAAGCAGAAGAAAAAGCCUCCUUAAUGUUUAUGUGGACAAGAUAUAAAACAAUAAGUACUGCUAAAAUUGCCGUAAGGGUAAUAAUUCAUAAGAUCUUUGAUGCAGAAGUAAAUAAAAUCAAUUUUCGAAAAGUAUCAAGAGAAUUUAAAUAAAUGUCCAAAUUGCGAAUUCAGAUUUAUUUAAGAUUAUCGAUUGGGCAAGCAGUGUUUCUGUCCAAAUUGUGAAAGAACCUUUAAAAUUUAGUGA